CAGGAAGUCCAGCAGAAAACUUCUGUAAGCUAAGCUAGCUGGGUGUUUUUUUUUAAUGGCCGAUCAUAUACAGAGGAAAUAUUAGCGUAGAUGGAUGCCACUCGGCUAAACAUUGACGUGUCCAUAUGAGGUAAUGAUCAAGGUGUGGGGGUGUUGGUUCGAUUCACCGCAGAAGCCGAGUGACUAAAGCCUUGCACACUACUAGGGGUGUGUGCAAGUGGUCUGACCUAGCCAAACGCUUCUGUUGGAUGAAUGAGAGGUGUCGUUUUCGUUCGAGGCUCUCAGAUAAGCAAACAAAAUGGAGGAAUCCAGCAGUAACAAGCCAUUAGUGGUGACUUCGUCUUUGAACUUCAAAGUCACCACUCCAUCCUUCUACAACCAGCCAAAGAAGUUUGCAUCGGUGGCACCGCCGCGGCCCAAAAGUCAGACGCCUCCCUCGGCGCCAUCACCCACGCCACUCGGCACAGCAGUUAUUGGCAGAGUGGGGGACCUGCCUCCACCUCCAUCUUCACUCUGUGAUGAUUUUCCUCCCCCUCCACCUCCUCCUCCGAUGGAUGAUGAUUUACCAGCUCCUCCCUCUGAAUGCCAAAUCACACCUGCCUUCCCUGCUCCACCUCCUGUAGCGGAUGACCUGCCGCUCCCCGCUCCCCCAGAGGAGAUCGCCUGUCCACCCACCUGUCCCUCUCCCCCUCCGCCUCCUCCACCGCCACCUCUCCCUGCCUCUGGUUCCGUUGUCCAAAGCGAUGCCUGGAACCCGCAGAGACAGAUGGAGAAGCAGACAAGUUUCGACAAGCAACUCGAUUCUCUGACUGAUUUGUUGUCCGAGAUGGAAACCAAAGGGCCUUUCAACCCCAAGUUGCCGAGCCAGUAUUCAUCAGCACCAGCACCCAAGUUCCCAGCACCCCCUCCAACUGCUCCCAAACCAGCACUCUCUUUUCUCCCACCUCCAGAGAUGGGUGACCGCCCUCCCCCAGCUCCCUGGGCGGAAGAACUCAAAGCCAGAACCAAUCGGCAAUCCAAUCACAAUUCUGCUCCAAACGCCGGUGCCCAAGGCUUCGCAAAGGCUGCGGAAGUGAGCCCCAAGCCCAGUUUCGGUGGCAAAGUGGCGACGUCUUCUGCCUCGUUGGCUCAAAAAAUUAACCAGAACCUGAACCAGCCCGCCGCCCCAAUCAACAACGUGCCAAAGCCCUCGCCUCCUGCAGCCAACCGCUCAUUCCCUGCGCCUCCCGCAGCUCCUCCUGCAGCUCCUGCCCCAGUGAAUCACAAGAGCGGGGCCGCUGCUGCCCCCACUGCCGCUAACAACAUCAAAAGCUCCCCAUUUGGAAGUAAGGUGAAUGCAAACCAAAAAACCCCUGCUGCUGCUCCUCCUCCUCAAAUGAAGACCGCUGCCUCUCCACCUGCUCCUUAUAGCCAACCAAUGAAAACCGCUCCUGCAUCAACGGCCUCUCCUCCUAACCCUGUGCCGGUCCAGGGAGGACAGGGCAGAGGCAUGCCGCUGAACAUGCGGGAAGUGGAGGAGCUGGAGCAAAUGGCUCAAGAUUUCAUCAAGAACAUGGACACGCAGCCGCCGAUCAUCGCAGCUCCUCCUGCAGAGGUUUGCGGAAGGUGCGGUGAGGCUCUCUCCCACUCUCAGCCUGCGGUGAAGGCCAUGGAUAAGCUCUUUCACUCCAACUGCUUCAGCUGCAUGUCUUGCCAGCGCCCCCUGCAGGGCAUGCAGUUCUAUGACAGGAAUGGCUCGCCACAAUGCGAGGACUGCUACAAGAAUUCCUUGGCCACGUGUUUCCGAUGUGGAGAGCGAAUCACCGACCGUGUCCUGAAGGCUGUGGGACAGACCUUCCACGCACACUGCUUCCGCUGCAGCACCUGCUCCUGCGUACUCGAGGGAGCCCCCUUCAUCACUGACGACAACAACAACCCCUACUGUGUCCAGGACUACCACAGGCGUUUCUCUCCUCUGUGUGUGAGCUGCAAUGAACCCAUUGUGCCAGCCCCAGGCAGCGAGGAAACUGUUCGAGUGGUGGCGCUGGAGAAAAACUUCCACCUUAAGUGCUACCGCUGUGAGGACUGCACUCGCCCCCUCUCCAUCGAAGCGGACGAAAACGGCUGCUAUCCGCUGGACGGCAAGAUUCUGUGUAUGAAGUGCCACACCAAGAGAGCCGCGCUAGCCGCAAAGUGAUCUGCUGAUGCAGCAUCGCUCCGUUUACCUAUGAACCAAAUCCAGAAGCACAGGAUUUCUUCAGCUACCGCUUUGCCUUUGCAACAGGGCUUUUUGUUUGUAACCGCGUGCACCACGGUGCGUUACAAAAAAAGUAUGUUUGCAUGCUGUCGAAUAUUUAUCUCAUCUUUGUCCACUUUAUCCAGUGCAGAGGUAAUGUUCUGUGCUGAAACAUUAUUCCCCCCUUUCUCUGUUAUUCCAGAUCUGUAAUUGAUCCAACUCCAGCUGUCACUCUGAAAGCAAAAAUUGUGCCAACUAAAUGUUUACCGUUUCCUGCUAAACUUGCACAAGACGAAUUGAAAAUAUGAAAGUCGCCUCCCAAUGUUUUAUCCUUAAAUGUGAUCGGUAGCAUUAAGACCUGAGGCUUUGUGCCUCACUACCGACCAUCGUUUCAUUCUGUUUUUUGGUCGUGAAGCGGAAAAGUAUUUUUAAGGGAGUAGUAGUCCCAAAUUAAGAAUAAUGGUUGCUUUUCUCCUCUUUGGCCACUGCAGCUCCUUAAAGGGGGGUCGGAUACACUUUGUAGCCCUAAAGUGCUUCGUAUGUGGCUUUCACAUCAUUUUCAGAGGUCUCUAUAUAGCAAAACAGCAACAACAAAAAAAAGAUAAACAGUGAAUGUUAGUGUGAUGUGAAUGUCAUGAUCUACCAGCACGUGUUUAACUGUCUUGUUAUUUUGUCUUCGGUUAUGCUGUUUGUGGCUGCAUUUGAACUACAAUCAGCUGUUCUCUUAAAAAUAAAAAAUGCAUGUUUUAUGGAUACAAAAAUUAUGAACAAAUCAAUGUAGACAAACUUGGCAAGCCCAGUUUCUCUUUCAAAUGGUUCUGCUUUACCAGCUGAAAACAGGACCUAUGAUGUGAUCUUGCACAGUGCCAUUGAAGUGAAAUAUUCCCUUUUUUUGUCCCUUUGAAUAAAAGUUCUCUGCACAAGGAUUAGAAUAAUGAGUUUAAUUUUUAGCUAGCAUUUGUUUAAAAAGGCAGACUAAAUGUGUCUAUGCAGGUGACAGGUUCAUAAAACAGUUACAUGAAACUCAAUCUUUGAUACUUAAACUCUUUUAGUUCUGACCUUACCAGAAAUGCCACUAUUUUUUUCCAGUAUUCAACCAUUAGUACUUGUGUUGGCUUAUAUAUUUUACCAUUUUACUGCAUUUCAUUAAGCUUGGAUUUAUUUGGCUAAGAGUUUAGCAAUGUGCCUUCUCUGUUCUUGUUUUCUGUUUCAUUGCCUGCCUUUCAGUUACAGUAAUGAUUCCUCUGUUAACAAACAUGUCCAUUUUUUUUUGUGACCAGUAAAAUCUGAGUACUGAUUCAGUGUUGCAUGUCAGAUGUGUAAUGGGUGGUGGCAUUUCCUUAAGUAUUACGUCUCCCGUGUUGCACCAAUGACUCACCUUUGUGCCCGUACCUUUGCCAUCACUGUGCGCUCUCAGAUCUGUGCGUCACAGUCCCAUACAUUUGGUAUUACUUUGUAAAUUGUAUUACAUGUGGACGCUUUGUCUUUUCUUACAAUCUUUUUUAUACGUGUGAUUUAUGUGAAAGUGUUUAAAAUGUUGCGUAUCCCAUCUGUUUUUGGUUUCCUUUUUUCCCCCGUUUGUAUGAAAAGAUUCAAAUAAAGAGAAAUGUUAAAAAUAUA